CCCAUUUAAUUGUCCAUUUCAGGCCAUGGAGAGAGAGGUCGUUGCCGCAUUAGGCAAAGGUGAGCCGGAUGAGAUACUGAGCAGUGCCUUCAAACUGAGGGUCACUCGUGAAGACAUCCACACCCUAAGGAAGCUUUGCUGGCUAAAUGAUGAGGUCAUCAAUUUCUACAUGGGUCUAGUGAUGGAAAGAAGUAAGAGGGAAGGAUAUCCAUCAGUCCAUGCUUUCAGUUCGUUCUUUUAUGAAAAACUUGCUUCUGGGGGCUACAAAGCCGUGGGAAGAUGGACGAGGCGUGUGGAUGUUUUCCAGAGGGACAUCAUCUUAGUGCCCAUUAACUUGCGUUUGCACUGGACACUAGCGGUCAUAGACACCAGAAAGAAGACCGUCAAAUACUUUGACUCCCUGGGACAAGGAGGGGACAAGAUUUGUGAGACUUUGCUCAAAUACCUGCAAGAAGAAAGCUGUGAAAAAAGACACGUGAACCUGAAUGUUUCAGAGUGGACUGUUCACAGCAUGGAGCCACAUGAAAUCCCUCAGCAAUCAAACGGAAGUGACUGCGGCGUUUUUACAUGCAAAUACGCAGAUUACAUCUGCAGAGACAGACCGCUGACCUUUACACAGACCCACAUGCCUUACUUCCGUAAGAAGAUGGUGUGGGAAAUACUCCAUCAAGAGCUGCUGUGACACCUGCACUACAGGAGUAACCCUGGGGUCACCUUUGGGUGACCAACUCUUCUUCUAGUUACUUUUUUAAUACUUUGUUGUUGUUGUUAGAAAUUUUUCUCUGUAGGUUAAGGAAAACAUUUUUCUCUGUAGGUUAAGAAGUAGUGGUUAAGAUUGUUAUUCCCCCCCACCCACCCCACCUGCCCCUAUUUUGGAGACAGUAACUCUCUUUGAAAUUAGCUAACACACCUUAAGUGCAAGCUGGAAAGGUUGGUGUCACCUGGGCAAGGGAAAGCUUAAGAACAAAUGCUGUGAACUUCCAUCGCAGAGAGGGCUGCUCACACCUCGCAGCGCACGUGGCCACGUUCUGGAUGAAUGGGACUCAUCUGGUGGUGGCAACAGUUGCACAAGUGGAACUUCUCUCACAGCACACGUGGUCACAUUAUGGACAAAUGGGACUCAUCUGGUGGUGGCAACAGUUGUGUGAGCUGAACUUCUCAUCCCAACAAGAAGGUGCUGAACUACUGUUUCCUCAAAGAGAGUUUUCUUCUGUUUCUGGAAUAAUCUACCAUCUACUUGAUGCCUACAAGUGGAUUUGUGAUGACCAUCAGAAGAAAGCAUUUACCAUCUUUUGAUUUGCGAGAGAAACCCCUGUGGUUGGGGUUGGUUUGGUUUUUUUCUGUCUCCAGGGAGUUUUAUAAUGUGAAAA